AUGUGCUAUUGUAAGCGUGGCUAACAAUUUUAUCUCCCGCAUUUUUUCCGUUUGAUUUAGCUAGGUAUAUGUGCAUUGCAACAGAUGCAAAAUACGAGUACGAACAUUGAGGUAUUGCAAGCUACCUGCAGUGGUCAGUAGCUAAACUUGGAAGUAGACUGGCACGAGCGAAGUCUAGAAACAAACUAGCACAAUGAGUAGUUUAGAGGUGUUUAGACGUACUUACGUAUGCGAAUCUGGCACGGCAGUGUAGCUCCUCAUGGCGCAUAGGUUACUGUAACUACCCUUGUGACACGUUUCGCAUUGCUUCAAGAAAGCAGACGUCGUUACACGCUCGUGAUCGUCAACAGAAGCUAUUGCCCAAUCUGAAAGUGCUCACUGUCUUUGACAGACCCGCUCCCGCGCGCGCAGUUGGAGAAGAUUGUCACGUGGUUUAGCCUAUCACGUGCGUAGGCCUUGUGUGCUUCGAUAUGGCGGGAGACUGUGACAGCAAGACGUGGGAUGCUUUCAACCAUCUCAUGACUUGUUCCGACGUGGAAAGAAUACGCAAGGUGUUGGCUCGCCACGAGUUUUUCAAAAUGAGCUUGGAAAUCCCGGGAGAUAUCGUAGAAUGUGGCGUUUUCAAAGGCUCCGGUCUGCUUUUGUGGGUGAAACUUUUACGCAUCUAUUGCCCUGGCUCUGCAAAGCGCGUCAUCGGCUUUGAUACGUUUGGAGCCGUACCAGAGCUGUCGGGUGACGACGCAGACAAGAUGACGGGUCUCUACCAUGAGUCUGGACUUGCACAGUGUGUUACCGUCGAGCAGAUUGAAAGGAUGGUUCAGGAUGUGACGGGGAGGAAAGAAUCCUGUCUACUCGUCCCGGGAAAUAUUUGUAAAACGGCUCGUCAAUACUCAGAGCAGUUUCCAGGCGCCAGAAUUAGCUUGCUACAUAUGGAUCUUGAUGUAGAGGAACCAACAGUGGCAGCUUUGGAAGCUUUGUGGCCCAUCGUUUCCAGAGGAGGAAUGAUAGUGUUUGAUGAAUAUGCAAUCCACAAGUGGUCUGAGAGUCGAGGAGUUGACAAGUUCUUUGCUAAUCAUCCUGAAGUUACACUGAAGACUCUGCCAUGGGUCAGGACCCCAUCUGCUUACUGUAUCAAGCCAUAACCAUGUACUUGCACGUAUUGACAAGAAACGCUGUUUGGCUACACAUUUUGAACAGUAGGAGUAAACUAGAAUUCUCAUAUUGCUUGUUUGUCUUUCAUCAUAUUUAACUAACACUACUUGGCAGGUAUCACACUCUCCACACUCCAUGUGGAAAGAGUCUUUCCCUGUAAUAGGAAUGACAGCAGAGCUUGCAGU